AUGCGGGCCAGCCCCAAUGUCCCGCCUCUCCUAUCCAGCAGCAUCAUCUCGAGACUCAAGCCAUCCGAGGACCAGCAGGACGACCAUGGCCACACACAACGGACAGCAGAGUACGGAUACGAGAUGGACCUGCAUGAUCACCGGUGCUCUCGCCCAGCCUACGAGAACUACGCCGACCCGACGACUCCCUUUGUGAACAAUGGUCACUUUGGCGACGCGGCAUACGAGCAGCAGCAGCAACAACAGAUGCCCAGCCUGGCCGGCAUCCUGGGGACGGGGCUGGCCGUCGCGGCCGUCGCCGUCUUCCUGCUCUCGGCGGACGGACCGCACCAAGGCACUGAGUACUAUGACCCCGAGGCCGCCGGCAUGACCAGGUCCCCUUCCACACUGGGCGGCAUCGCCUACGCCAUCAACAGCAUCUACGCAAGCUCAUCCAUCCAGAUCGCCCUGACACUGGCCUCCUAUGGAUGGUCGUGCCACUUCGAUUGCACCGACAGUCCCACUCGACAGCUUCAGCUGCGCUUCUCAGUCUUUGAGCUCCGAUCGGCUCCCACCUUCAUGCCGGCGCCAGAGUCCGUUAUCAGAUGUGGAGCUGUCAAGCAUCCGUCGUAA